AUGAAGCAGAUCGUGCUACGGUUGGUGAUUGUUUUGACGGUGGCGGUGUAUGGGGCAAGUCUCCCAACGAUCGACUGGAGUCGUGUAAGGCGUGUGGAGGAGCUAGACCACUAUUGGGCCCGUUUGCCUCCGGAGCUGCAGGCGUAUCGGAACGCUUCCCGACCGGGUGCCCGUAUCUCCAACGGACUGGAGGCCCGUCCGGGACAGUUCCCCUACCAAGCGAUUGUGCUGAGCGAGUUCGGUGUGCUAACUACCAUGUGCGGUGGUUCCGUGUUGACGCAAAACUUCAUCCUCACCUCCGCGCACUGCGUGAUGUUCGAUCAAGUGAAUAUGGCCGGUGGUGGUACCGUCAUCGUGGGUGCCCUGAACCGGCUGGAGGUGGAACCAUCGCAGCAGCAAAUCCGCUUCAGCAGCAUUGGUAUUACCGUGCAUCCGCAGUAUAGCGUCAGCAACUAUCGGUUCGACGUGGCCGUUAUACGGCUGAACACAGCGCUCCGGUUUACGACCUACGUCCAGCCGGUGCGUCUGCCCGGCCUGUUGGAUCAACGUCAGUUCGAUGGGCAGAUCGGUACGAUCAGUGGAUUCGGGCGGACGAGCGAUUCCAAUGCGGCGUUUGCCGCCACCCUGCAGUACACGGUCAACACGAUCAUGAGCAACGGUGCGUGUAUUGGCCGGUGGGGCGAGAUGCUUGUGGAACCGCAAAAUGUGUGUCUAUCCGGGGAUGGUGGCCGAUCGGCAUGUACCGGCGACUCGGGCGGCCCGAUGACGAUUCAGGAGCAGUCCGGUUUGACGCUGCAGAUCGGCAUAACGUCGUUUGGAUCGGCCGAUGGGUGUACGCGCGGCAUGCCUACGGUUUAUGCGCGGAUUACCUUCUUCUUGGAUUGGAUCAGAACCAACUCGGAUUACGUUGCUAGUUGA